AUGGGUCCGCGACAGCGGGCGCAGGGCCGCAAGAAGAGGAAUGGGGGUACACCAGCUCACUCGUCAGCCUACUGGUCUGGGUACAAUUCACCUUCACCGUCGCCGUGGUCAGAAGGUCAGUCCAAGUCUCGAGGUCCCAAUGGCCGCCACCGCGAGCUUUUCAACGACUGGCAGACUUACUCAAGUUUCAAUGCCCGUGGUUUACAGAACGCCCCGUUAAGCAUGGCUCAGGCUGCUAAGAACACUGAGCGACACGCUAUGGCCUGGGGAUCCCUGAAACUGAGGGAACAAAGCAUCACUUUCGUCAGUGCCGGACAUCUACACCAGGACGAGAUCAAAGCUACAGGAGAAGAGGACGGAGACGAGAAGGAGGCCAAGGAGGACACCCAGCCCACGCCUUCCGAACCCACACUACUGCCAGAACUUGCAAAGUCAUCUGAGCAAUCCGCUUCUGACAAUGAGCAGCCAGUUGUGCGGGUGGAACUUCAAGCUGAGGCCGUGACACAAACGCCUGCGCCCAGGAGAGAGUCAAUAUCGUCACAAUCGUCAGACGAAGUCGUCUUUGCUGGUCGAGGCAAUCCUGUACCCAGAACGGCGGCCAAACUUACCCCUGCCACGUCCAAACCUCUUACACCUUCGCCCGAAAAGAGAACUGACAAUGCCAAACCGCCCUGCCAGAACCCUCUCGCCACACCCGAGAUCACCGCACAAGACUCCAGCUCGUCGGGUUUGGAAAGGUUCAACAACAUAUUACCUACGCAAGACCGUCAUGGCGCUGAUCGCCGUGGCCGUGCUCGCCAGCGCAGAAAGGACGAUGAAGAGGAUCUCAUCAACGACUACAUCGCCAACAUGACAUUCGACGAUAGUGACGACAAUUUAGCCGACAUCGCUCGGUCCGUCAAGACUGCCAGAAGAACUGAGCACUUCAGAUUUUUCGAUGGUGCUACUGAGUCGAAAGUUAGCGUGCAACCCGAGCCUUCCAGUAAAGCCAAGAAGAAGCCAACCCAAAUCGAACAAGCCAUCGAUUGGGAUUCAGCCGAUCUGGAGGAUUUCGAUGAAUUCAGUACCACGGACGAGGAGGUUAUCGAAGUCAGCCAAGUUCUUCGUUUCCGUACACGGCCAAGUGGCCGACAAUACCUCGUGAACCCACUUGGCAAAGACGCGAGCGAACCUCGCUGGGUCCUGCACGACAAGCUGACCUCUACAAGUGCAGUCGAGGAAGUCCGUAUCUUCGAGGAGAUCCAGAUGAUGAAGAAUCAAGAGACACCUGAAUCCGAAGACUCGGACUCAGAUUCGGAGGCGGAUGAAGCUGAUGACGACUUGAUGGACGAUAUUGACUCUGAGGAUGCAGAAAAUGAACGCAUCUUGAAGCACACGUCGCGCAUGACAGACGAGCAGAUCGCCCGUGCUCUAGCUAAGCAAGAAGAAUUAGGGUUGGGCGGCGAUGAAUUGCUCUUGCUGGACGGAAAUUUGGACAACUACGAUGACGGCGAGGAACUGGAGGAGGACGAUGAGUUCGCAACUGGCGACGCGUUCAUCCCGUUCUCAGCAAAGAAACAUCUCUCCAGCCGCACCGCCUCCAGGCGCAACAGACGUCAACGCGACCACUUCCCUUCUGCGUCAGCAUUUGCAGACGCUCUCGAUCAGGAUCCCUAUGGUGCCUUCGACAUAAUGGACUUCGAACGCCCAAGCCUCCGACCCAAGAAGAAGGGGCGGAAGUCUGAUUUGCCAUUUGAGCUAGGUAUUGAGGACCCGGAGCUUGCCCAGAGCCUCCGCAGUACCUGGGAGAAGGAUCGGGAGAAGAAGGCUGCACGCAAGAGGGAGAAGCAGCUCGAGCGUGAGGACGCCCUCUUUGAUGCUGCCGAGCGGAACCAGCCUGCAGCAAUUCGCGCAGAGAUCAGACGGUUCAUGGCUCAGGAAGCCGACACGCUGGAGCUGGCGCCCAUGGACGCUGGGCAACGUGCUGCAAUGCACCGCCUGGCAAAGGCACUGAAGCUUGUAUCAAAAUCACACGGCAGGGACGGACAUGGAAUAGGGCGCUAUGCUGUUCUCACCAAGGGACCUCGUACGCCAAGAUUCACAAUCGACACGAUAUGGGAGAUCGAUGCUCUGUUAGAGUCAAGGAAAUUCUUCCCCAAGGGCGUCUUUGACUCCUUCAGAACCUCUGCAGGACCCAAGACCAGGACACCCGGCUUUGCGCGGGCCCGAAGAGGUGGUGGCGGCACAAUGUCCGGUGCUACCUACAUGAAUGGCGAUGUUGUUGGUGCUUCGGCUCCAGAGAUCGGCGCAGGGAAUAAAGGUCGCGCCAUGCUCGAAAAGAUGGGCUGGCAAUCGGGAAUGGGUAUUGGUGCUGUUGGAAACAAGGGUAGCAUCGAGGUCAUCAAGCACGUCGUCAAGACGACGAAGGCUGGCCUGGGUUGA